CUUCAGCUAUCGGAGGAAAGUAUCGAACAGCUAAAGAAAGAAGCGGAAGAACUCCGGGGAUCUAUCAGAGCGAAAGAAGAACAGCUUGCGAAUGCACAAGCAAGAUGUUCGCAGUUUGAGCAGUUGUCCAAAGAUAUCCAAUUCUCUAAGGAUCGCGAACUGUCUAUGAAGGACGCGGAGAUCGAACGUCUGACCUCAAAUGUGGCAGAAAUAGAGUCGAUAGCGGUUUCAAAGGAGGCCAAGCUGAGUGAGGAAAUAUCAUCUCUGAAACGGUCGAUCAAAGCGAUACAGUCUGAAUUAGACGAGCAAAUCAGAAUUUCGACAGAUGCCGUGAAGACUGCAGAAGAAAUGACAACAGCAAAUAUGGAACUAUCAAAGAAGAUUUCUUCAUGGGAGGAGGAGAAGAACGCCCUUAUUGAACGAUGUUUGAAUACCGAAAGCGAUUUGGACUUCGAACGAGAAAGGGCAAUGGAGAUUGCCAGUCAUAAAAACCCUGUUAGGGUCUGUGACAAUUGUUACACGGAAGUCCAAAAUCGGUGA